AUGGUGGACUCGGCUCAAAUUGCUGUAAGCCCCAUGUUUGAUGGGGUGGAGCCUCCGGCGGAGCCUCCAGCGGACUUUGUGGCGGAGCCUCCAGCGGACUUUGGGGCGGAGGGCUGGUCUCAGGACUGCUCAUUGCCGUCCGAGGAGGAGCUAAAACAGGCGGAGCAAAUCCGGAAGGAGUGUGCAGUACAAAUCGGCGGCUUGAAAGACUCGCCCCGCGACGUGGUGGGGGACAUUCGCAUUUCCCGGUUCCUGCGAUUUCAUGGUGGAGAUGUUGACAAGGCGACAAAAAGCUUCGGAGACUUCCUGGCGUGGCGGGAGCGGGAGAAGAUCGAUGAGUUGCGCAAGGACGUCAUCGAUCUCCCACCCAAGCAGUUCAUCAAGUGGCUGGAGUCUGUGAUGUCACCCUUCUCGCCGAUUCUGGUGCCCGGCUUUCACGAGACGGAGGAGGGGCAUUACGUGGUCUUCUUCGCGCCGGGCUACUUCAAGGCCCACGAGUUCGUGCACAAGCGGCCGGAGUGUCAACCUUUAGAGACUGACCUGCUGAUCAUGCGCGUGGCCAUGGAGUAUGUCAUGAAGCAGGUGGAUGACAACUCAUACAAGAAGCAGAAGAUGUGCUACUCGAUCAAGCUGAUUGAUGCUGAGCAUCUCGGCAGAGACAGCCUGCCGAUCUUCGUGCCUCAAUUGAGGAAGCUGGCCCAGGAGAACCUGGGCAAUGCGAUGAACUUUUACUGCGAGCAGGACAUUUUGACAUUGGUGGUGAACGCUCCGUGGACGGUCCGCUUUAUCAUGUCCUUCGUGAGUGCCUUCAUGACUCCGCGCCAGCUCAAUCGCAUCAAGGUUUUCUCCAACACCGUGGCGACGGAGGCCCAAGCGGCGCAAGAGUUCCUUCGAGCCAUUGGGCCUGAGAGCACUUUCCCGAGCUCGCUUGGAGGAGACCGGGCGCCCGAAGAUAUACCCUUCUAUCAGCCCAUGCUCUUUGAGAAUGUAAGAAGGGUGCAGCAGUGGAUGCUGCGCAGAACCCCUGGCAUCACAUGCCCGAAACUUGGCGAGGAGUCCCUGAGCACGGGGCCUCCAGAGUCAGAGUCAGAGAUGCCAGCGGGAACGCCGGAGGAGCCCAUCCACCUCAUGAUCGAGUCACCGCGAGCUAGCCGCCGGAGCUGGUUCUGCGCCUGUGCGGCUGAGUGAGCCGGAAGUUGUUUUUUCAAGAGGGCGGCCGGCGGAGAUGUCAAUGUGCCAAGUUGCUGCAAGCAAACGCGUCUGCACUUCGCCUAGUUGCCCGCGUCACAUGCUCAAAAGCAUGGUAUUCACAGUAUCUUAGCACCGGCCCCAGGGCCGGGCGCAAAAUACAUUGCCAGAUGAACCCGAUUCUCCCGCAAAGGCGGCGACAUACAAAGCUGGGGACCAGUUGGCUUCAGAGCCUUGUCAGCAACAUGUGCUAGUGUGCCGUAAGUGUGCCGUGCACAAGCGACGCGUCCUGUUUCGCCUGGGCAUAGACGGGCGACCUGCAGGUGACCUGCAGCGAAACUGAGAGCCAGACGCUAUCCACUCUUGUGUUUGCAGCCGUGUCAGCAGUGUGUGCUAGUGUGCCGUAAAUGUGCCGUGCACAAGUGACACGUCUUGUCUCGCCUGGGCAUAGACGGGCGACCUGCAGGUGACCUGCAGCGAAACUGAGAGCCAGACGCUAUCCACUCUUGUGUUUGCAGGCAUGUCAGCAGUGUGUGCUAGUGUGCCGUAAGUGUGCCGUGCACAAGUGACACGUCUUGUCUCGCCUGGGCACAGACGUGCGACCUGCCACACAACCUGAUAGCCAGACAC